UUUCCCGUCAGUAGUUCCUGAAUAUUUGCCGAGCGGUUACUUCUGCUGUGAGGGAAAACAAAGACCCAGUAUUCAGAAGAAACUCUUCUUAACAGAGGGAGACUCAUCUGCAGGUGAUUCUCCAAGGACAUGGGAAGAUAGGUGCAAACCCUGGAACCCUGACCCUUAAGCGGAGGGAAGCUGGUUUCUGCUGUGAACGAUGGCCAAACCCACUCUGAGAGGGAAUGGCACUAACUCGGAGACCUUCCGACAGCGCUUCAGGAGAUUUCAUUACCUGGAGGUAGCUGGGCCCCGGGAGGCUUUCAGCCAACUCUGGGAACUUUGCUGCCGGUGGCUAAGGCCGGAGGUGCGCACCAAGGAGCAGAUUGUAGAAUUGUUGGUGCUAGAGCAGUUCCUGACCGUCUUACCUGGGGAGAUCCAGAAUUGGGUACAGGAGCAAUGUCCAGAGAGUGGAGAGGAGGCAGUGGCUCUGGUGGAAGAUUUAGAAAGACAGCCUGGAAGACCUGGACGUUCGGUCACAGUCUCUGUGAAGGGGCAGGAAGUGCGCUUGGAGAAGAUGACACCCCUGAAAUCAUCACAAGAGUUAUUAAUUGUUCGGCAGGAGUCAGUGGAACCCCAGCCCAGGGGUGUACCCAAGAAAGAGAGGGCAAGAAGCCCAGACCUGGGACCACAGGAGCAGAUGAAUCCAAAGGAGAAGCUCAGACCUUUUCAAAGGAGCGGAUUUCCAUUUCCUAAAUCCGGUGUGGUCUCCAGGUUGGAGCAAGGAGAGCCAUGGAUCCCAGAUUUGGGCUCCAAGGAGAAGGAACUCCCAAGAGGCAGUCACACAGGAGACAGACGAAUGCAUGCUGAUCCGUUACCAUCCAGGAGAGAGAGAAGAAGCUGGGUGGAGCAGGAUCACUGGGGCUUUGAGGAUGAGAAGGUGGCAGGUGUGCACUGGGGCUAUGAAGAGACCAGAACUCUCCUCGCGAUUCUCAGUCAGACUGAGUUUUAUGAGGCUCUUCGAAACUGUCACCGCAACAGCCAAGUAUAUGGGGCUGUGGCUGAGCGGCUCCGAGAGUAUGGCUUCCUCCGGACCCUGGAACAGUGUCGGACCAAGUUCAAAGGUCUCCAGAAGAGCUAUCGGAAAGUCAAGGGUGGCCACCCACCUGAGACCUGCCCCUUCUUUGAAGAGAUGGAAGCCCUGAUGAGUGCCCAGGUCAUCGCCCUGCCCAGUAACGGCUUGGAAGAGGCAGCUUCUCACUCUGGCCUGGUGGGCAGUGAUGCUGAGACUGAGGAGCCAGGGCAAGGGGUCUGGCAGCAUGAGGAAGGAGAAGAGGCCAUGGCUGAAGAGUCUGACAGUGAUGAAAUGGGCCAGGAGGCCACCCCACAGGACCCUGACAACUUGACUGUUCUUUUCCGAAGGCCAAGUGGUGUACACUGGGGCUAUGAAGAGACGAAGACUUACCUUGCAAUUCUUAGUGAGACUCAGUUUUACGAAGCCCUCCGGAACUGUCACCGCAACAGCCAGUUGUAUGGAGCAGUGGCUGAGCGGUUAUGGGAACAUGGCUUCCUUAGGACAGCGGAGCAGUGUCGGACCAAGUUUAAAAGCCUACAAACCAGCUAUCGGAAAGUCAAGAAUGGCCAAGCACCAGAGACCUGUCCUUUCUUUGAAGAGAUGGAUGCUUUGGUGAGUGCCCGGGUUGCUGCCCCGCCAAGUGACGGCCAGGAAGAGGAGACAGCCUCUUGCCCUCUCCAGGAGACCUGUGAGGCUGAAGCUGGGAAGCAAGCUGAGGAGGCAGAAGAGGCCAUAGAAGAUGAUUCUGAGGAUGAUGAAGAGGAUACUGAGUUACCGCCAGGGGCUGUCAUGACGCGUGCUCCAGUCUUAUUCCAGAGCCCCAGUGGUUUUGAGGCUGGAUUUGAGAAUGAAGAGAAUCUAAAACGGGAUAUUUCUGAGGAAGUACAACUACAUAGGACAUUACUUGCAAGGUCUGAAAGGAAAAUUCCCUGGCAUCUUAAUCAGGGUAAAGGCAGUGAGAGUGAAUGUAGAUCAGGAAGACAGUGGGAAAAGACCCCAGAGGAGAGAAGAGGAAAACCGACACUCCCAGAAAGGAAUUUAGGUAAAGUUCUAAGUCAUCAGAGACCUUACUUGGGAGAGAGACCCCAUAAGUAUCUCAGAUAUGGCAAAAGCUUUGGUCCAAACUCCCACCUCAUACAUCAGAUAUCCCAUCAGGUGGAAAAUCCAUAUAAAUGUGCUGAUUGUGGGAAAAGCUUCAGUCGGAGUGCACGCCUCAUUAGACACCGGAGAAUCCACACUGGAGAGAAACCUUAUAAGUGUCUUGACUGUGGGAAAAGUUUCCGUGACAGUUCAAAUUUCAUCACCCAUAGGAGAAUCCACACAGGAGAGAAACCGUAUCAAUGUGGUGAGUGUGGAAAACGCUUCAAUCAGAGCUCAAGCCUUAUUAUUCACCAGAGAACCCACACAGGAGAAAAGCCCUAUCAAUGUGAAGAGUGUGGAAAAAGCUUCAAUAACAGUUCCCAUUUUAGUGCACAUCGGAGGAUACACACAGGAGAGAGACCCCAUGUGUGUCCUGACUGUGGAAAGAGUUUCAGUAAGAGUUCUGACUUACGUGCACAUCACAGAACCCACACAGGAGAGAAACCCUAUGGGUGUCAUGACUGUGGCAAGUGCUUCAGUAAAAGCUCUGCUCUUAAUAAGCACCGAGAAAUCCAUACACGUGAAAAACUUCUGUCACAGUCAGCACCUAAGUAAGCUCCUGAGGAUGUAUAAAGAAAAGAGCCUCAAUAAGUGUACUAAAAUUGUCUGAAAAAGUAUUCCAAUAGUGAGAUCCAUCUCCUAUUCUGUGCCCAACUAACUUAGGAAAUACUCUAGGAUUUACCCCACUGUUUUUCCCUCUUUCUCCUGGAUCUAGAGUCAAAUUCCCAAGGCAGUCAUCUUAAGAAUGAAAGGAAGAUUUCAAUCCCUCUCCUUGCCUGCAUCUGAACUGACAGAUAACACCAUUCCCUCUCAGUGCCUAUGUUGUUUCCUUAAUAGAGGACAUAGUAUCAGUUUGAUAUGCACCUGUCUUUACUCAUCCUGUUAUUCAGCUGCAUUUCAACUGGAAAAACCCAUCAUAGCAGCAUUUCAGGAAGAGGUUGUGAGACUCGUCACUGAGUGGGUCUAGCUCUUUGUACAAUAAGCGAAAUACAAUUUCCAUUUCCAAAAAAGAUUUCAAAAAAGUCUUCCUGCUCACUUAAGCCUGUCCUCAGAAUGACAUAUUUGUCAUGCACACUCUUCAUUUACCUUAAAGAAGGAGAGUUUCAUUUCCAUCUUGGUUCUGACCUAUGAAUCAUCUUGCCAAGAACCUAGGUGUUCUAUAUGGGGAAACAAUGUAAACCUUCUAUAAAUAUUGAGGUAUGAACCCUGGAUUUCUUAGUUUAUUCCAAGCCCUAGAAGAUUUGAAAUACAGUAAUAUUACAUUUAUAGCAUCUAGUUUGAUUUUUUUUCUGUUCCAUCUCAUCUGAAUUCCAUCUGUCCUUUGAGGCCUAGAAGCCCAAAGAGCAAGCCAGCUGGAUGUGGUGACAGGGAAAGCAGUUAAAGCUGCCAGUAGAGAAUUGUCCAUAUUCCACACACUCCAAACACCUAAUCUAGUGUAAUGAAUCCCGUGGGUGCUCAAUACGAACCUGCACUGAGCAGAAGCCACUGCCACAUUCCCAUGGAUUGGGAAAACAGAACACUUUGUGCCAACAACUCUUUACCCUAAUGGCAAGGAGGACAGAUCAUCUUUGUCCGGUCAGUGGAGUUACCAAUACUCGCACACACACACAUAUUCAACUGUAUACAUCUAUUUUUAAAAGCAGCUCUUCACACACAAGUGUAACUCUGAUCUUUACAAUCCAAUAGUAUUGAAUUAAUGGCUCAUAUGUUCAUAGUAGUAUGAUGAGCCCUGUAGAGCACAAGUUAAACAGACCCUGUCCUUGUCUUUACAAAUAAUAAGUGCACAUGUAUAGCUGCAAAGUUAGAAAAGUCUAGAAGGCUAGGUAGUAACACUAUGCAUAAAUGUUAAGGUCUAAUGCAUUAGAAUUUGCUUUAAGAAAAAUCCAGGAGGUAUUUUCUUCUCUUUAUUCAGGACAGCUUCAUGAAGCAGGAAGUAUUCAAAGGGAAGGUUACUGGGUAAAUUAGGGUGGAAGGAACUUUCCAAAACUAAUGGCAAAACUGAAUGCCUAGUGUGAGAAAUGAGAAAACUGGGGAGCAAGGUGUUUUGUACAGAUGGAACAGACGGCAAAGGACAGACUGUAAGGAAAGUUAGACAAAGCUUGGAGCAACACAAAAUUUGAGGAAUAGUAUAAUAUGGGCUGUGCAGGAGGCAGAGAGAGAAUUACUUUAGCUGAAACAUGGAGUGCCAGAGGCAGAUAAGGAGGUGGUGCUCCCAUCAUCUUAUUAUAGAUUAUAAUAAUCAGGUACUGUGCCAUACUUAGUGAUAAGGAAACAGCUGGCUGGCACUGGGGAAGAAGAAUGAGUAGUUUUAGGGGACUAGCUCUUAUGGGAGACAAAAGUCAGAAACAGUAGUAUCUUGAGAAGCUACUUCGAUGGGCAAGUCAGAGGAAAAGAAACAUGAGCAGAUGGCCAAGGCCUGGGAUAAAGAGCUGUUUCACAGUCACAUUUAAUUAGAGUUUUGUGGCUAGAAUGAGAUCUGGGAGAGGAGUGGGGAGAUAGAAUAUUCUAUAAUUCAUAGCUUACUGUGUUAGACGAGAGAUUAAUUAGGGUUCUAGUGUUGAGGGAUCCUAGUACAAAGAAUCUCCUAACAUUUAUUAGGAAUUAAGGGGAGAUGGUAUCUCAAUUAUGUUGCCUAAGCAGACAGGAAGAUACAAUACUAGUCUAAAGCAAUGCCACAGGAUCUGGGAUGGUUUAGGAAGUGUGCUAUAAUGUUUUUAAAAAAUGAGAUUACUGUCUUUAGUAUAUCUGUGUGGAAAAAGCACUGGUUGAGGUAUCAACAGAUAUGAAUUCUGGUUCUAGACGUCUUGUAAGUCAACCUGCCUCUGUUUCCCCUUCUGUAAAGCAGAAUAAUGUUUAAUCUGCCUCUCAGGGAUACCAUGUUAAUAAAAAUUAUGUCUAUAAAAUG